AUGCAGAGGCACAUAUGUUUAGUGAUUCUUACUUCACUUCUAUAUGUUUACUAUGUGCAUGCAAGAGAGUUUGAAGAUAGUGUUAUUAAAGACUUAAUAGAGCGUCUAGAUGCUAAGGAUGCCAUCAUAAGUGACUUAAUUGGAAGAGUCGAACAUCUGGAGAAGACAAAUGCGAAUCAAGCCGAGCUGAUUAAGGACUUAGAACUGGGACUGCUAGAACUGGUAAAUGUGGUGCGGCAGAAAGACUUCCAACACGUGGCAGAUACACGAACUGAAUCAGAAACAGAAACUAACAAAAGGGGUGAGAAAGAUAUUGAAGAAAGUAGCGAAAAUACUUUAAUACGCAAACAGGUAACUCUUGAUGACUUCAACAUCUCGAAAGAUAGACGCCAUGCUGAUACAAGAGCGAUAGCCUUUUUCGCGACUCUAUCAACUGAUAUUGCACACGUUGGAAUUGGUCAAGAUAUUGCUUUCGACAAUGUUAUAACAAAUACAGGAGGCGCUUAUAACAAUCAUCACGGGGUCUUUACAGCACCGGUGAAUGGCAUUUACGUAUUUUCAGCGACACUGCUUGCACUGGGCACUGAUAAUGAUCAUUUAAAGUGGAUAAAAAAUGGCCAAACUCUCUGUUAUCUAUACGUGCAUGAUGCCGGCUACGAUUCUUCAGGCAGUACGAUUGUGGUUCAGCUGAACACUGGUGAUGACGUAUCCAUCCAAAAUAUUGAUGCCGACAACUCACUUAACGGACAUCACUACACAUUUAUCUCUGGGUUUCUUCUUAAAGAAACAGAACCUGCGAAUGUUUUGGGAUGA